GGGAAAAGAAGGAGAGAAAAGGAGGAGGAGGAGGAGGAUAAAUGUAUGAGGAAAAGGAGGAGAUAAAAAGAAAAAAAGGAGAAGUAUACAGAACCUCCAGGAACACUCACAGCUAGACCAUUCAAGCAAAAUAAUGAAAAUCUACAAAUAUUAUGAAGUUCCGUUAGAGAGGCAGCUGUCACAAUCAAGCCCGAGACAACCCAGACCAAGACCAAAAGUGAGGUAAACAAUAACAAACUCUUCGGACGCUCGGCUCCUCCUCCGCUCCUCCGCCUCCCUCGCCGCCAUGGAGUGCAGGAAGAGGCAGCGGGCAAGGGCCACCGCCGCCGCCUUCAACAAGAGGUUCCCCAAGGCCAUCAAGCCCGUCAAAGUGAAGGACAGCGCCAUCGUAUGGACCAUGCUGGCCCUGGCCCGCCUCUACCUGGCCACCGUGCAGACCGGCUACAUCCACCCCGACGAGUUCCACCAGUCCGUGCAGGUCAUGGCGCGAGACAUUCUGGACAUUGAUGCCGGCAAGCCCUGGGAGUUCCACGCCAACAACCCCAUCCGCUCCGUCACCUUCUCCGCCGUGGUCUCUCUGCCAUUCGUGUUCCUACGUCUCCUGGCACCGGUCUCGUCCUACUUGUUUGGGUAUGACCUGCUGACGCCCACCACCCUGCUGGUGGCCCCGCGGGUGUUCAUGACGCUGCUGUCCUUCAUUGCUGACUACAGCAUGUACCGAAUUGCCCAGCUGUGCUACCUGCGGCCCUGGAGCUGCGUGGAGGUGUUCGCCAGCUCAUACGUCAUGCUGGUGUAUGCCACGCGCACCUUCUCCAACACCCUGGAACUCAUCCUGAUGGCGGUGCUGCUGUGGCGGGUGUGCGAGUCCAUGGUGGACAGCACCAAGAUCAUAAAGAAGGAGAACAUCCUGCAGGACCUCUACGAGAGCGCCGAGACGGUGCAGGAGAAGGUCAAGCUGGUCAGGAUGAAGAGCAAACUGCCGCCCUACAACUUCGUGGACAGCGGCAUCAUCUCGGCAGUGGUGACAUACGGCUCCUUCGUACGGCCGACCUUUGUGGUGUUCUCCUUCGUGCCGGUCGCCUACUGGCUGCAGCGUGGCGUGGUCACCAGGGAGGUCAGCUUCUCAUACUUCAACCUGCGUUUCCUCAGCCUGCUGCCGGGGGCCGUGGUCACCUUCCUGACCUGCGUGCUGGUGGACUCCUUCUACUACGGCGCGCUCACCACCACGGAGCUGGUGUUCUGGAACGUGACGAGCGGCUCCUUCGUGGUGACGCCCAUCAACUUCCUGCUGUACAACACCCAGAGCAAGAACCUGGCACAGCACGGCCUGCACCCCCACUACCUGCACCUGCUGGUCAACGUCCCGCUGCUGUACGGUGUGCUGGGCCUGCUGGGGCUGUGGUCCGUCUCCAAGUACUUCGUGGCCCUUACCAUGGGGGCCAUGACCAAGAAGCCGCGGGUGUUCAGCCUGGCCACCAUGCUGCUGGCCUCCUUCAUCACGCCGGUGCUGGUGCUGUCCCUCAUGCCCCACCAGGAGGCGCGCUUCCUGCUGCCCACGUUGCCGCCGCUGGUGCUGCUCCACUCCGACGACGUGCUCAUCCUGACGGCACGGCGCAUCAGGCCGGUGCGCCACUUCCUGUUCCUGGCCUGGCAUGUGUGGAACAUCCUGUGUGUGGCCUUCUUUGGGUUCCUGCACCAGGGCGGCGUCACCAAGGCCGUCACGCAGGUGCACCACCACGCCCUGCAGCGCCCGCCCCUCACAGACUCCCACGUCCUCUUCUCCGCCAUGUACACGCCCCCGACCUUCAUGCUGGCGCGCCGCCUCCCUGUCACUGCCCAGGCUGAGGACGGCCGCCACUACAGGAUAGAGAAGUCCGUGUUCACCUACGACACUGGGGGGUCCAGGCAGCCAACCGACCUCUACCGGCUGGCGGCCAAAGUGCACCGCCAGGCCCGCCAGAACACAACCCGGGAGGUGGAGGUGCUGGUGUGCCUCCCUGCCAGCCUCUCCGAGGGGCUGCACCGCGCUGCCCCAGAGAACGUGACACUGGAGCGGCUGCAGCGCGUACGGGGCCACCUCACCCUGGAGGACCCCCCGGACCUCAGCCUGGCGGGUGUCACCUUCACCAGUGGCUGCGGGAAGCUCUGCCACUUUCUUCGACGCCUCGACCAGUUCAGCAUCGACAUCAUCAGCAUCAACUUUGGCCCCAGGAUGGCAGAGGACAGCCCACAGGGGUUACAGGGGUCACUGCCGCCCCCUAGCCUGACCCCCAGUGUACCCCCCCAUGACCCUCCUUCCCCUGAGGCCUCACCACACAACCUAACCGACGAGGAUGAGGAGGAGGACGAGUUUGAGGAUGAUGAAUUUGAUGAGGAGGAGGAUGAACACGACCACACCCUCUAGUAAACAUUCUCAAGUUAUGCCUCAAACUGUAACAUUCUCGUCACCUGAGGAAGACUUGGGUGGCACCGGGCUGGAGGGGGAGGCUGAGGAGGCUGGGCUUAUGCUGUUCUGUCGCUCCGGUCGGCCACUGCGUAAGAUAACGUAAGGUCACAGUGCUUGGUCUGGGUCUUGGAGUGGCCUUCGACUCUGGACUUUAACUUAAUUGCUGAAGAAGAAAAAGUGGCGAUGGUGGUGAAGGAGAACGUCUAUGGUAAGAUAUCCUCGUCCUGUGAUUCUUGGUGAUUGAAGCUGAAAUGCACAAAAUAUAAAUGAUCUCUUUUUCUACAGUUUGAUGUGAAGGUUUAGAAGCACUCAGAAAGGCUACACCCGAAAUUGACCUCUCUUUUGGCUACUCUUUACUGUUAUCUAUUAUGGGAGCGGCGAGUAGCGGGCUUUUUUUUUGUACUCUUUUUGUUGCCCUUGAGCCGUGGCCUUUGAUGUAAAAAAAAAUAACAAUAAGAGACAGCAGAAAGAGAAGAGUGAUGGUAAGUGGUGUUGGAUCCUCUAAUUCACUACACAGUUUCUCCGAGUAUCUCGUGUACAUACAUACUUAAAUGGACUUAUCAUAAUACAGUCGUCCUUCAAAUAGUACGGUUUCCAAUAGUUUGGUUUCGGUUUUAUACGGAUUGUCAUGGAAGAUCAUUUAAGGAUUUUUAAAUUUCCUGCUUGUCGGGAAAUUCAAAAAUCCUAAAAAAAAUCUUCUAUGAAAAUCCACAAGAGCAGCAAGUAGCAGGCUUUUUAUUUUAUUAUUAUUGUUUCCUUUUUUUGUGUGCCCUUGAGCUGCCUCCUUUGUUGUAAAAAAACAAACAAAAAAAAAAACUAUUGGAAACCGUACUAUUUGAGGGAUGACUGUAUACCUUAAGAGGCCUAAUUUUUCAUCCAGUUCAUUAUCAUUCCAGUCAAAAACUUUCCAUAGGCAUCUUUUCCACUUUUUUUGUAAUUUCUUUCCAUCAUUGUUGGUUGUAUUUAUUGCAAUAUUGCCAAGUUUUCACAUAUGUUGCUGAGUUUCCACAUAUAUAUUGCCGACUUGCCACAUAUAUAUUGGUGAUUUUUCCAUAUAUAUAUUUCCAAUUCUUCUCAAUUUCCCAUCAGUGUUAGUUAGAGUUAUGGUGAUAUUGCCAAUUUUCUUUCCCGAGCCGAAACAAAACGAAGCUAAAUAGUAACUUUCCGAAUAGAUUUUAAGGGAUGUUUGUAUCGAAUUUCGUCGUUGUUGCUGUGGAUGUCACUUUUCGAUUUAGGUUUUUCCGAGAGUUAGUUAUUUUUCUCUUUCCUUCCGGCUGAACAAUUUGAAAACAUGUGAAUACUGAAUAGCUACUGUGUGUGUGUGUGUGUGUGUGUGUGUGUGUGUGUGUGUGUGUGUGUGUGUGUGUUUUCUUACAAUCUUAAAUGUUCCCCCUUCCUUCCUUCCUCCUUUCCUCCCUUUUCUCCUCCUUCCUUCCAUUCCUCCACUCCUCCCUUUCUCUUAAAUUCCUUCUUUCCUCACUCUUUUUAUCUUCCUCUAUUCCACCUUCUUUGCAUUCCUCCCUUUCCUCCAUUCCUCCCUUUUCACCUCCUUCCUUCCAUUCUUCCAUUCUUCCCUUUCUCUCAAACCCCUCCUUUCCUCUAUCUUCCUCUAUUCCCCCUCCUUUGCAGUUUAUGUGUUUGUGUGUGUGUGUCCGUUUGCGAUCCAAGUAUUUGCGUCCAUCGGUAAGCUGCCUUCAGCCACUAGGGACAAAUGUAAUCUAGUCACGUCUUAUGCAGAUAUUUUUGAGCUCAUAAUCCCGCUUCCGACAUUCCCUUCGGUGCUUCAGCCUGUGAUGGUGUUGGCUGAGGCUGGUUUAGUAUUGUAAGCUAAUGGUUCGUGCAGGGCAGUCGUACCUCAGCAUCCACAGGGGUUUUGGUAACAGAGACUUAUAGAUAAUGAAAACCCAUGAAAAUUUGCUUGAAAACACCUCCCAGGUAUAUGCAAAAUGCCCCCUUUCUCAUGUGCUGCUUGUAGUGUUGGGAGUAUUGUCUUGUGGGGUAGUUGGUGACCUCUGCCUGUCAAUUAAAAAAAACUCAUGAAUAUCUGCUCCAAAAGACCUUGUAAAUAUCAUCUUGAAAAUGCCCCCUUUUAUAUGUGCUGUCCAUAAUGCUGGUAGGCUUUUCUUGAGGGGGCUAUGUGGCAGCUUCAGCCUGUUACUGAUGUGGGCAAAUUAUACUUCAAGUGUCUGUCACAUGAUGUUCAACCCGGUAGCAGCGACGGGCCAAAUUUAUGGCUUUACCGUGUACCAGUGAUGGGCCAAAUUUGUGCCAUGAUAAAGACCAACCAAAUUAGAUGAUGCAUAAACUGAUCACAAAUACGUUGAUACAUAUUAUGAAAUGGCUUGCAUGAGUGAUGAUUUUUUCUCAUUUUUCUCACUUAGAGGGACCUUUAAGAAACAUGCAGAGGUGUGGUGUGUGGCUCCAGAAACCCAAGGAUACAAAAAUUCCUAUUCCUAUCCCCUAAAAAUCCUUAUCAUAUUCUUUCCUCACUUCCAUCCUUCCUUCCUUCCUGUAUUCCUCCCUCCCCUUACUAACACUUUUUAUUUAACUUAUGAACACCCAUUGGCUACCCCAUAGAUACCAAUAUAUAUAACAGGCUACACCCUUCCUUCCUUCCUUCCUUCCUUCCUUUCUCCACACUCGGCUCACAACCGAGAGAGCCCGGUUUCGAUUCUCCGGCGGAGUGGAAAAAUUUGGGCGGCUUUUCCGAUACCCUACGCCCCUGUCCACCCAGCAGUGAAUGGGUACCAGGUAUUAAUCGGGGGUUGUGUCCUGUCUCCUGGGAUCUGUUCCCUUCUAUAAUUCCUUCCCCUUCUGUCUCUCUCCGGCAUAUGACCACAGAUGUGCCGACUAAACGAAAUUUUCCUACUUUUUCCUUCCUUUCUCCCUUCCUUGUUUUCUUCAGCUAACUUACUACUGACACCAUUAUUAUUUAUCAGACUUAUGAUCACCCAUUGCCUACCCCCAUAGAUACCAAUAUAUAUAUAACAGGGUUGGGUGAUUAAGACCGAGAAUAUUGAGUCCACGGAUGUUGAGGUUCGACUGCUCACUCUAGUCUUUACGUGUGGUGUAGUGCGUAAGGUUUUCAAUUAGUCCUAUUAUCCUUCUUUCUCACCUCUAGUCAUAAUGUGAUAAUUCGAGACAUGCAAGGAAAGAGUGCACAAAAUGAAAACUUAGGUUAAAUUUGUACCACUACCAGACUUGUGGGUUUGUCUGACUUGGCUUUGUACGUACUGCUAUUGUGUUCACCCCUCACCAAGCUAUACACUGAAGGAUAUUG